AACAAGGAAGUAAACAAUAUCCGCAACUAAACAUAAAACACGAAUAUCCGUGUAUUAAUUUGUACACCAAAAUACCGUAGUACAUGAAAUAUUUGUAUGAUUAGAGUGAAGUAUUGUCCAUGAAGUGAUGAAGUGAGGGCGAGGUUCUGUUGGUUUUACUUUGGGCAACAAGCAGCAUAUUCAUGAAGGUCGAGUUCAGCUGUAACAUAAAAAAACUGGAUUGAUGUUUUAACAGGCUAUAGUCUGAAUGGUGUUGGUAUGGUUUGAUUGUGUCUGGUAUUAAACAGUUAAGUAACGCGAUUUUACUUGCCAAAAGAUAACUACCAUAUGAUAAGCAAGUGCAAUCAAAAUGUACAACUUAUUGAAUCUACUUGGGAUUCUUGUUAUGUCAUGGCUGGUGUCUGCUGAUACAGGUUGUGUGGAUCACGUCUAUGAGCAGGCUGGAACCAUCACAACACCGAACUAUCCUGAUGUCUACCCCAAAAACAUCACCUGUACCUGGACAAUUAGGGCAGCACCUGGACAAAUCGUUUCACUACAGUUCCAGACAUUUAAACUGGACUUCUCUGACCAAGUGACAUUUUACGACGGACCAGGCCCCAUCUCUCCAGCCAUUGGUCAGCCAGCGUAUACAGGAUUCCUUAACGAGAGCCAAGUCCAAGAAUUCUUGAUCCGGUCGACACAACCUGUGCUGCAUAUCGUGUUUCGUUCUGACACCAACAUUUCUAGUUUUGGGUUUGGGGCUUCCUAUUGGGCUCAUGUGUGUCCAGCAAUGACAUAUGGCCGGACGUGUGACAAACAGUGCGUGUGUAGACCGGAGAACACAGCAGGCUGUGACAACUUCAGUGGACGGUGCCACUGUAAGUCUGGCUGGACGGCAAGUGACUGUAGCCUUGACCUUGAUGAGUGCCAGAACCCGAGCCAGUGCCCCGACCCCUACUCACAGUGUCUCAACUCACCUGGCGGGUACAGCUGUGUGUGUGCAUCAGGACUGUCAGACACCAACGGAAUAUGCACAGACGCGUGUUUGCACAACAAAUGUUCCCAUCUGUGUGGUGUUACAAGAACCAGCCCGUACACGGAGCAGUGCUAUUGUCCCAGGGGGAUGGUGCUAGACACGGCUGAUGGGAGCUCGUGCAUUGCUUGCCCGGAAAUGACGUAUGGCACUAGUUGUUCCAGCAAUUGCACAUGCGUACCAGCUAACACCAAGUCAUGUGACAAUGUAACUGGCCAGUGCGAAUGUCUUGAAGGAUGGACUGCUCUCGACUGUUCAGAAGAGACAGACAAAUGUUUAGACACGGUCUGCCCGCCGUACUCUGAUUGUGUCAGCAGGAAUGGCACAUCUAGUUGUCAGUGUCAAGGGAAUAGCACGAAUAAUGUCAUAUGUGACAGUCUAGAAUGUGACCACAUAAUGACACAGACAUUUGGAGAACUGACCAGUCCUAACUACCCGGGAUAUUACUACAGCAUGGCCAACUGCACGUGGAAGAUUACGGUCUCUCAGGGGAUGCUAAUCUCACUCAGGUUCAAACAGUUUAACCUUGGGCUAGAUGACCCACAUUGCACCAGAGACCGUGUCGUUAUUUAUGACGGUGAUGACGUCAACGAUCGAGUCCUGGGAAAGUUUUGUGGCAGAAGUGUGACGACCAUCGUCAGGUCCACCAACAACGCCAUGUUUGUUGUCUUCACGUCUGACGAUGUCAACUCUGGACAGGAAGUUGGCUUUAGCGCCACCUACAUCUCACACCGCUGCCAACACUUCAUGUACGGUGAGAACUGCUCCCAGACCUGUAGAUGUACAGAACGGAACACUUUAUUCUACAACAACAUCUACGGCUCCUGCCUGUGUCGGGACGGGUGGAGGGGCGACACUUGCAACGAUGACGUGGACGAGUGUGAGGGCAACAAGGACACACUGUGUCCACGUAAUUCUGUGUGUGUCAAUGACCCCGGGACUUUCACGUGUCCGUGUAAGCCUGGCUAUAUCAACAAUGACGUCAACGGUUGCGAUGGUAAGAUGUUAACAAUGUGA